AUGAAGAAGCAGGGAAAGAACAACGGUUGCAAGAGCAAUGGAUUCGUUCCUUCUUCUUUCAAGUUCAUUUCGUCUUGCAUUAAGACCGCCUCUUCCGGCGUCAGAACUGCCGGCGCCUCCGUUGCUGCAUCUAUUUCCGGCGAUGGACAUGAUAAUAAAGAUCAGGUGCUUUGGGCUUGCUUUGAUAGGCUAGAGCUUAGUCUGUCUUCUUUCAAACAUGUCCUCUUACUUGGAUAUACUAACGGCUUUCAAGUUCUUGAUGUGGAAGAUGCCUCUAAUAUCAGGGAACUUGUCUCAAAACGCGAUGAUCCAGUUUCGUUUUUACAGAUGCAGCCUGUCCCUGCAAAAUCAGAGGACUGUGAAGGAUUUAGAGCAUCACAUCCUUUACUCUUGGUAGUUGCGUGUGAUAAAUCAAAGAUACCAGGUACAGUGCAAAAUGUCAGAGAUGGCCACAAUGAAGCUCAAGCUGAAAAUAUUAUCAACUCAGCUACAACGGUUAGAUUUUACUCACUAAGGUCUCAUACCUAUGUCCAUGCUCUAAGAUUCCGUUCAACUGUCUACAUGGUUAGAUGCAGUCCUCAAAUAGUCGCAGUGGGUCUUGCUACUCAAAUAUACUGUUUUGAUGCUCUUACUCUUGAGAAUAAAUUUAGUGUUCUCACUUAUCCCGUGCCUCAGUUGGGUGGACAAGGAAUAGUUGGGGUUAAUAUUGGCUAUGGUCCAAUGGCUGUAGGGCCGCGGUGGUUAGCUUAUGCCUCCAACAACCCAUUGCUGUCAAACACAAGUCGCUUAAGUCCUCAAAGUCUGACUCCUCCUUCUGUUAGCCCAUCAACAUCACCAAGCAGCGGAAACCUGGUAGCCCGAUAUGCCAUGGAAUCUAGUAAGCACUUGGCUACUGGGCUUAUCAAUCUUAGUGAUAUGGGCUACAAAACAUUGUCUAAAUACUAUCAAGAUCUAAUGCCUGACGGGUCAAGUUCCCCUGUAUCUCCAAAUUCAAGCUGGAAAGUUAGUCGAUUUGCUUCAAAUUCUACAGAAACAGAUUCGGCCGGAGUGGUUGUUGUCAAGGAUUUUGUUUCUAGGGCUGUUGUGGCACAAUUUAGGGCCCAUACUAGUCCUAUAUCAGCGCUAUGUUUCGAUCCGAGUGGAACACUUCUAGUUACUGCCUCAAUUCAUGGUAAUAACAUCAAUAUAUUUCGAAUUAUGCCAUCCUACUCAAAGAAAGGACCGGGUUCUCAGAGCAAUGAUUGGAGUUGUUCUCAUGUGCACCUUUACAAACUCCACCGUGGCAUGACAUCUGCUGUAAUACAAGAUAUUUGUUUUAGCCACUACAGUCAGUGGGUUGCCAUCAUUUCCUCCAAGGGAACUUGUCAUAUUUUUGUCCUUUCUCCUUUUGGAGGUGAGACCGUUCUUAAGCUACACAAUCAGGAUACAGAAGGACCCGCUCUUUUGCCAGUUUUUCCUCUACCAUGGUGGUUCACUCCAAAUUUUACUGUAAACCAGCAUCAACAGCUUUGCCACAUACCCCCCCAACCUCCUGCUCUUCUUUCUGUGGUUAGCAGAAUAAAAAAUGUUAAUGCCGGAUGGCUCAAUACGGUUAGUAAUGCUGCAUCUUCUGCAGCAGGGAAAGUCUCAGUUCCAUCUGGUGCUGUUUCUGCUGUCUUUCAUAGUUCUGUUUCUCUUGACUCACACAACGCAUACGCAAAAGUUCAUGUAUUGGAACACUUACUGGUUUAUACGCCUUCUGGUCACUUAAUUCAAUAUAACCUACUACCAUCAUUGAUGGCAGAGCCAAAUGAAACUGCUUCAAGAACAGCCCAAGUUCCUUUACCACAGAUACAAGAAGAAGAUUUACGAGUGAAGGUUGAACCUGUUCAGUGGUGGGAUGUCUGUAGGAGAUAUGAUUGGCAAGAAAAGGAGGUAUAUAUAUCAGGGAAUACACCUGGUGGACUGGAUGCUGCUGAAAUGAUCUUAGAUGUUUCAAACUGUGAAAAUUAUAGUGUUGGGAACGAUGAUUCUAUUAAACCUAAUCAGGAUUGUCACUUCUCAAAUGCAGAGGUACAUAUAAGCUCUGGGAGGAUACCAAUUUGGGAGAAGUCUGAGGUGUCUUUCUUUGUGAUGGGUUCUUUUGAGACUGGAGGGCUGAAUAAAUUUGAUCUUCUAACCAAUGGAGAGAUUGAGAUAGAAGAUAUUCCUGUUAACGAGGUUGAAAUAAGACAGAAGGUUUUGUUACCUGUCUAUGAUCAUUUCCACAAAAUUCAGUCCACUUGGGGUGACAGAGGUAUUGUUAUAAGAAGAUGCUCCAGCUCUUCAUCAGAUUCACAUGCCACUGAAGAGAAGGGUUCAGAAGACGCUGCUAUUUCCCAUCCAAAGUUAAUAGUACCUGGCUUAGCUGAAAAAAAAGAUGUUGGUGCCUCAAAUUUUGCUGAUAGUAUAACAAAGGUUAAAUCAUCAGAACAUGGUGACUGUUUCAAUUCAAGUUUUAGUGGUUGUGAUAUGAAUAUGCAUGUUACUUGUGAGGAGUCACUCCGUGACUCACCAGACUACGAGCAAUUUUUUCAAGAGGGUUAUUGUAAAGCCUCAGUUGACUGUCAUGAAUCAGCAGAAAUUACUACUGAUAUGGAUUGUAGCAGUCCCUCUGGCAGGGAAAAGUCUGAUGAAGAUGGUGAUAAUGAUGACAUGCUUGGUGAUAUAUUUGACUUCUCCGAGGAAGGUUGA